CAUUGCAAAGAGGGCAGGGCCCGCCUCUCUCGGGGGGCCCGAGGGCUUGUAUAUAAGCGCUCCUCUCCAGUGAAACUUGUGGAAUUGGAUACAGUCGAAGGCCUUUCUCGUUUUGUGCGCCUCUUGGGAAUUAGCUGCCAACAUGCCUUCCAAGCCUGCCCCAAUCAAGAAGAAACCCGCCCCCCUUAAGAAGGCGCAAAAGGCGCCACAGCCCGCACCGGCACCGGAACCGGCCCCAGCACCGGCUCCCGAGCCCGUUCCGGUCGUGGAAGAGGCCCCCCCGGCGCCACCGACCGAACCGACGGAGGCGCCGCCCGCCGCUGACGCCGAGCCGGCCGCACCUGCCGAGGCCUCCGCGGCUGCCGUGGAGGGCGAGGCCCCCGCUGCUCCUCCGGGCGAAGCCGCCGAAGGGGCACCAGCUGAUGCUGAAGCCGGCGAGCCCCCUGUGCCCGAAGAGCCUAAAGAACCCACACCGCCGCCACCUCCGCCCAAAGAGCCCACGAGCGCCCCCGUGGAUCUGUUCGUGGAGGACAAGAACGACACUUCGGUGACGAUCAUCUGGAGUCAACCGGAGGUCGUCGGGCUCUCCGGCCUAGAUGGCUACACCGUCGAGGUGUGCAAGGAUGGAACCGAGGACUGGAAGGCAGUCAACGAGGACCUGCAGAAGUCUUGCCGUUAUAUCAUCAAGAACCAGACCACCGGAGACCGGCUCAAGAUCCGCGUAGUGGCCCUGAACGCCGGAGGACGAAGUCCGCCCGUUGCCCUCCCCGAGGCUGUCCUGGUGAAGGAGGUUGCCGAUCGUCCCAAGGUGCGCCUACCUCGCUUCCUUAGGCAGCGAUACGUGGCGCAGGUUGGAGACAAGAUCAACCUGACCAUCCCCUUCACAGGCAAACCCAAGCCCGUGGUGAGCUGGACCAAGAACGGCCAGCCCCUGGAGAGGGGAAGGGUGAACAUUCGCAGCACGGAGAGGGACAGCAUCCUCUUCAUACGAGCGGCCGAGAGGGACGACUCCGGCGUCUACGAGAUGUGCGUCAAAGUGGACGACUUUGAGGACAAGGCCGCAGUCACCCUGCAGAUUGUUGAACUUCCUGGACCUCCAGCCAGCGUCAAAAUCGCGGACACGUGGGGCUUCAACGUGGCUUUGGAGUGGACUGUGCCCAAAGACAACGGCAACACAGAAAUCACAGGCUACACCAUCCAGAAGGCCGACAAGAAGACCGGAGACUGGUUCACCGUGCUGGAGCAUUACCACAGACUCAACGCCACCAUCUCGGACCUCAUCAUGGGCAACAUCUACAAGUUCCGGGUGUUCUCAGAGAACAAGUGUGGAGUCAGCGAGGAGGCGGCCAUCACCAAGGAUGAGGCCAAGAUCCUCAAAAUGGGCAUCGAGUACAAGGCACCAGAGUACCACGAGCACGACUUCAGCGAGGCGCCUAAGUUCACCACGUCCCUGGCCAACCGAGCCACCACGGUUGGUUACAGCACCAAGUUGCUGUGCUCCGUGAGGGGAUACCCCAAGCCCAAGAUCGAAUGGCUGAAAAACCAGAUGAUCAUCGGCGAUGACCCCAAAUUCCGUCAGAUCUGCGUGCAGGGCAUCUGCUCCCUCGAGAUCCGCAAGCCGGUGAGCUUCGACGGAGGCGUUUACACCUGCCGAGCCAGGAACAACCACGGCGAGGUCACGGUCAGCUGCAAGUUGGAAGUCCGACAGCCGAUUAUUCCAGAGGCAGAAAAGAAAUAAGUGGUCAUCGUCAUUGGCAAAGGAAGGUUCAGGAUUCCUUGGAAGAACAUGUACAGUACAGUACAUACAUAUGAUGACCACAACCCCAAAUCCGUGUCCGCCAUCAUUUCACCCCACUCCACCUCCCAAAAUGGCAACAAACUCAACAUAUAACGUUUGUACGAACGACUCAUUUAGUUAGCGUCCGUUGUUGUUGUUGUUGUUGUUUUUUUUUAUGAAGGAUGUGGUGAGAGGCUAAAAGAUGCUAACAAAGCUAACUCAUGAAAACGGAUCAGUUUCAUAUAAUUUGAUCAAAUAUGCUAAAGAC